GGAUGCCGUUUAAUCUACUGAAACGUUUCUGGUUGAAGAAGUGAACAAAAAAUUAAAUCUGAGCCUCUCUGUGUAUUCGAAACAAUUGUGGCAAACGGUCGUUUAGUAAAUCGAUUUUCUCGGUACGAAAGUCAGUAAAAAUUUUAAUCAGUGUGUGAACUAAAUCACUCGCGCCGUCGAUCAUUCUUCGAACAUUCUUAGCAAUUCAAAUCAAUCGGUUUGUCGUCGAAAAUGCGAGCGAAAAUGCAAACUACUCGAUGGAAUAUUAAACGAAUAUCGCUCUUGUGCAUUGCUGUGCUGGGACUGUACAUGAUAUUUUCUGCCAGCAAUAACAAAUAUGAAGUGGACGCGAUUAUAAAGUAUACGAAACCGGACAAAGUAUGGGAAUUUGUGGCUGAUUUUUCGAAAAUGAAAUUACUUAAUCCGACUAUCGUCGAUUUCACAAUAACAUCUGAUUCAGGACACAUUCACCAUUGGAAGUAUUCAGUUAUGUACCGCGAACGACUCUCACAUUGGCCGUACUGGCUAAACGUAGCCAAUGCCGACUUUGCUGUGAAGAAACUGGAUCGACCUGCUAAAGGACCGUUGUAUACAAUCGAAUCAAAUCAUUCCACAUGCUUCUUAGGCGGCUUGUAUUGCCUUUACUCCAGAGGCGAAUUUCGAUUUACCCACCACAAGGACAUUCAUACGCAUUGUGUGGAAUCCGUUCGGUACCAGUGUCCACCAUUUCUGGGACGGUUUUGUCGGGCUGAAGUUGAAUUUCAACGCAAGGCGAUAAUGAAGAAUUUGACAAUGCAAUUUCCACCGAAAUUGUGAUGACGUUUUUGGGAGAAAAUAAGGAAAUAAAAAAACGAGAAAUUUAUUAACAAAACGACAAUUUUAAUAAAGAAAAACAUUUUUUU